UGGCGUGGUGCUAGUUUCACUGGUUCCAGGCGCGAACAUAAACAUAUCAAAACGCCAUGUCUUAUUACUUAAAACCCAAUGAAAGACGUUUUUAACCCACAGACAUUUAAAUUGCCAUUAACUAACGAAGGUUUAUUAGUUUUUUGUUGUUGUUUUUUUACAGUAUUUUCACGUUUCUCAUCGUUUACCCUCUUUAGCCCUGUAGCUUAGCACCUGGUGAAUCGGUAGCUUUCGAAAUAACUUGUGGCUACAAGUCUCUUAACUUCACCACUUAUGGCUUUCUAUGAGGUCUACUCUCACCCAGCUGUGAUUCGGUACAAAACGAGCGUGUGCACAAAGGCCACGUUGUUUCUGCUCGUUGUUUUGUGCCUCACCUACAUCGCCCCGCUGCUGGUGGCGUACAGGAGCCAAGGUUUCUGGAUAAAACAAAGCACUUAUGAGGAGCAGCCUGUUGUGAGGUUCCAGUACCAGACCCUGAUGGUGGCAGCGACCAGCACUCAGGGAGACUAUGUCGCCUGGAGCACCUUCCCCCAUCUCAACAACAUGCUUGGGACAAACCUCCGGAUCCCUGCUGUCUCUGUGAGAGAAGAGGAUCAGAAUGAGGAUGGAAAGUUGGACCUUUUGUUAUUCCAGCUGCAGCUUCCUCUCAAACCUGACGAACAGGUGUACAGCGUUCAGCUUCUGAUCACCUUCAGCUACCAGCUCUUCCGGAUGUCCACAGUAGUGAUGCAGAGCCUGGCCUUUGUGCAGCACUCUUCUCCUGUCCCUGGUGCUAAGCUGUUCGUUAGUGGAGACUUAAGGCUGCAGCAGAAGACACCCCUCCCUCACAGAGGACUGUACAACAUUUACAACGUGUCGGUGAUCGAUGACUCCAGCCCCUUCGCAAACACAUAUGACCUAGAAAACAUAGUGGGAAGCUACCAAAAGAGAAACUUGACAACAGUGUUGUCCUGUCCGAUGCCCGUAUGGACUGUGGGACGAGCUUCCGGUUCCCCGUUUGAGCUAAAAGCUGAAAUCCGUUACCCCACAGAAGUCAUCAGUUAUCGUCCUGGUUUUUGGGAAACCAUCAAGUUCGCCUGGGUUCAGUAUGUCAGCAUCCUCCUCAUCUUCCUGUGGGUCUUUGAACGCAUCCAGAGAUUUGUUUUCCAGAACCAGGUUCUAGCAACCGUACCCAUACCUGUGGGAAAAUCCCACCUGUCAUGAUGCAGUGCUCAUAUUUUAGGCCCAAUUUCCUGUUCCACCUCAAUAGUAUAUUGGCACAAAUACACAUUAAAAUACCAGUUCUUCCUGAUCACUAAGCUUGUUAUUGUACUGUACACCUGCUCUUUGUUUAUUUAGCUAAUUAAGGGGGCAGGGUGUCACACUCUGAGUCACAACUUGCUUUUCUGGUAAAGAGGAAAUUUAAAUACAAAAGAGGGUCUGUUGCCCCUUCUUGUAUUGACUUUUGAAAUCAAUACAAGAAUCAGGCUUUGACUCACCCACAGUGGCAUCAUUCCCUUUCUUGUGAAGUGUGUUUUGUUGCCAAAUAACAGGAGUGUGUCGAUGAAACAAACAUCCUUUAGUCUAGGCAACGUAUUUUAAUGAAAUUUAAGUGGCAGGGAAACCCAAAAGGCUCCAAACAAGAAAACAUACCAGAAAUUAGAGUGAAAGACAUCUAGGAGCACAAUACAGAACAGAUGGGCUUGAUUACAGGAGGAGACAAAGGACUGAACACUGAUCUGCUAAAACAUCACGAUCACCAGCCUAAUACUGAACCGAACCUCCUUGUGUUCCCCCAAGACCUCUGACGCAUCAAGGGCUGCGCUAGGAAAUCUGUCCUGUAGUGUCUGGUCCCAGGAUGCUGGCAACAGAUCUGCAUCUUCUCUUUCUGUCAUUUGUAUUUGCAUUUUUCUGCUUUCUGUGCAGUGGAACUGCUCCCUGCAGAUACCAUCAAUCAUCAGCAUGACAUCUCAGCAGAGCAUUACAUUUAAGCAAGAUGGGAAGUAUUUAUUCAUGUCAUCUGCCGGUCAUCACAAUGUUACGGCUGAUGGGUUUCUCUAUACAGACACACGCCCGCAGGGAAAACAAGAGAAAAACAAUGUAACAAGACGUAGAAUAAUAACCGGGACCAAAUGAAAAGACUUGUAAAAUAAGUCAGAACAUCAAUGAAACCAAAAUUACAUUCACUAUGACAAAAAGAGCAAGCUGUGUGUGAGGAGACUCAGAUAACUCAUUAAAUGUGGACUCGUUAAAGCAAAACUGUACAUUGUUGAUGGUAGGUUUUUGUUAAUUUUUUUAAACUUUACUAGAUUUUUUCUAUCAUAUAUAUCACCAGCAAAGCAGCUGUUGUCUCUGAAAGAUUUGUGUAGUUUGUCCAGUUUUACGUGACAACAUAGGGAGCAAAGAAUGUUCUUGUUGUUGCUGUGUUCUUUUAAAUGUAUUUUACUCUGAAACACAAAUUCACAUCCUUUUUCGCAACUGCUAAAACUUCAAUAAAAAUGUAUAGAUUUCUUGUAAUUUUAUUUGUAUGUUUGUGAUAUUUUG